GGUCUUGAUGGCAGGAGAGCAGGCUGAUGUGAGGUGACUAUGGCAUUGCAAUAAUGACAGAGGCUAUGGUCCUACUUUGUGAAGACCAGUCCCUGUUCAUGUGGUUAGCUCUGCCAGGGCAUCUCCUCAUUCAUAGCUCCCCUUUUUGCAACUUUGCACUGCAGGCUCAUCCCAUCUCACCAAGAUGUCUUGCUACGACCUGUGCCCACCCAAAACCAGCGUCGCCGUGCCCCAGCCCAUCGCUGAGAGCUGCAACGAGCUGUGCGCGCGCCAGUGCCCCGACUCUUCGGCCUUCAUCCAGCCACCGCCCGUCGUUGUCACCUUCCCCGGCCCCAUCCUCAGCUCCUUCCCCCAGCAAGCCGUGGUGGGCUCCUCCGGAGCACCCGCCUUUGGGGGCUCCCUGGGGCUGGGGGGCCUCUACGGCGCCGGGGCCACUCAGGGCUCGGGCGGCCUCUGCACCUUUGGCAGACCCUACGCUUCUCCUGCCUGCAGCCCCUGCGCCUUGCCCCGCUACAGCAGGAAGCUCUGGAACACCUGUGGGCCCUGCUAAACUCAGGCGCUGCCUGCUCCCAGCGCCACCAGCAUCACCU